AUGUCCCAUGACAACUCAUGGCCUGUGGCAACCAAAUUCAUGGGUCUUGGAGCAAAACUGGUGAAGGAUAAUCGCCAAAUUGUGUGUACCUUAGACCACGACGUCCAGAACAAGUCGGAAAAGAAUUUAGAAAAGUAUUCCAAUAUAGAGCGUUUUGCCAAGGAACAAGGUAUCGACUUCUAUCCUGCUGGGCGUGGUAUUGGUCACCAAAUCAUGAUUGAGGAAGGUUACGCUUUUCCUUUGAAUUUGUGUGUGGCUUCAGACUCUCACUCUAAUACUUAUGGUGGUGUGGGUUCAUUGGGUACCCCCAUAGUGAGAACGGAUGCUGCCUCUAUAUGGGCUACCGGCAUGACAUGGUGGCAGGUCCCUCCUGUUGCUAAAGUGGAGCUCGUUGGUGAGUUGCCAAAGGGUGUAACUGGUAAAGACGUCAUUGUCGCUCUUUGUGGGUUGUUCAACAAAGACGAAGUGUUAAACCACGCCAUUGAGUUUGUUGGUGAUGGAUGCUCUAAGUUGCCUGUGGACUACAGAUUGACAAUUGCUAACAUGACCACUGAAUGGGGUGCCCUUUCAGGAUUGUUCCCGGUCGACGAUGUUUUAGUUGAUUUCUACAAGGACAGAAUCAAAAAGUUGCCUCAGCCUCAUCCACGUGUCAAUACUGAAUCUGUAACAAAGCUUGAACAAAAUAAGGAGGCAUCUGAUCCCGAUGCUGUCUAUGCGAAGCACUUGGUUGUCGACUUGUCAUCACUUUCACCGUACAUUUCUGGCCCAAACAGUGUCAAAGUUUCCAACUCGCUCUACGACUUGGCUAAGGAGAAUAUCCCAAUCAACAAAGCUUAUUUGGUGUCGUGCACAAACUCCAGAUUGAGCGAUAUCAAAGCUGCUGCUGAAGUCAUCAGAGGAAAGAAGGUCGCCGAUGGUGUUGAAUUCUACGUUGCCGCCGCAUCCUCCAACGUUCAAAAAGACGCUGAGGCCAGUGGUGCUUGGGAUGACAUUAUUGCUGCUGGCGCAAAACCACUUCCAGCUGGUUGUGGUCCUUGUAUCGGGCUUGGAACUGGCUUGUUGAAGGAUGGCGAGGUUGGAAUCUCUGCUACCAACAGAAACUUCAAGGGUCGUAUGGGAUCGAAGGAUGCUUUGGCAUACUUGGCUUCUCCUGAGGUUGUGGCAGCAUCUGCAGUUCUCGGUAGAAUUGGUGGCCCUGAGGAGUUAGAAGGCAAAGCUGUUCCUGAGGCUUCUACGGUUCUUAAGUCUUUGGAAAUCAAUGAUGCUCCAGCGGAGACUGCAGAUGCAAGUGCUGCUGUUGAAGUGUUGGACGGAUUCCCCAAGGCGAUCGAGGGUGAGUUGAUAUUGUGUGAUGCCGACAACAUCAACACUGAUGGUAUCUACCCAGGUAAAUACACUUACCAGGACGACAUCAGCAAGGAGAAGAUGGCGGAAGUUUGCAUGGAGAAUUACGACCCAGAAUUUAAGAAUAAGACUACAUCCAGUGACAUUAUCAUUUCCGGCUACAAUUUCGGUACUGGUUCGUCAAGAGAACAGGCUGCUACUGCAAUCUUGGCCAGAGGCAUGAAGAUGGUUGUUGCAGGUUCAUUUGGUAACAUUUUCUCAAGAAACUCUAUCAACAACGCUUUGUUGACCCUCGAAAUUCCAGCUUUGAUAAAUAAGUUGAGAGAAAGGUACGAAGGUGCCACCGAGUUGACCAUCCGUACAGGUUGGUUCUUAAAAUGGGACGUUACAAAGGCUUUCGUUACUGUUACCGAUUCUAAUGGCAACGUCAUCCUUGAGCAAAAGGUCGGAGAGCUAGGCACAAAUUUGCAGGAUAUCAUUGUGAAGGGUGGCCUCGAAGGCUGGGUCAAGGCCGAGCUCGACGCUCAAUAA